AUGGGUAAAUUGAGAAGAGGUAGAAAGAACCAGCGCUCAAGGGUCAACCCGAUGGCCGGGAAGAAAACCACUGAUAAACAAGAGAUUAAAGAUGAAGCUACCCGUCAAUCAAAGAUUCUCCCAAUGAUUAACAAGUUAAAAUCAACAACUCCUUCAGAGAAACAAAUGGCAAUUGGUGCUGUUUCGAUCUUAUGUGAAGAUGAAAGGAUGAGAAAACUCAUGUUGAAAGAAAGAUUAAUCGCUAUUGUUAUGGAACACUGUUUAAAUGAUAAUCACGAUGAAAUUGCAACUGAAGCAUUUGGAUUACUUAGAAAUGUCGGUAUUGAAGAAGGUUAUGAUAUAACUAAAUUUUAUUGGAGAUCUAAUGUUUGGACUUCAAUUGAAGCUGCAUUAAAUAAAAUUCAAAGUUCAUUUCAAUACUUGAGUGAAAAGGAAACUACAAAAGAAACUAAAAAGAAGGAAGAUAAAAAUAAAUUACAACUUUUAUUUGAUUUUACUGAAAAUGUAUUAUCAUUGAUUGUGGUUAUUGCAAGUGGAUCCGAAGACUUGUUCAAUAAUAUUUAUAAUAAGAUAGAUCCAAUUAUAAAAUUAGUUAUUGAUAUAAUCAAUUGGAAUACCCCGAAUUUAAAAACUUCAUUAAAAUUACAACAUGCAUUACUUGAUUUUCUUUAUGAAUUUUCAUCAGAAUCAAUUGAAUUUAUUCAAAAAUUAUCUCAAAUUAACGAUUUUAAUUUAGAUAAUAUUUCAAAUAAUAAUUAUGAUGAUAAAUUAUGUAAAGUUUACAUUGAAGGUAUUAGAUUCCACAUAAAUGAAGGAUUGGGCAUAACGAAUGAUAAAAAUAAUCUUUGUUCUUUUAUUUUGAAUAAUUUAUUUAAAAAUAUCACCACCAUCAAUGUUAAUGAAAUUAAUGAACAAUUACAAAUAGAUAACGCCAAUGAUCCAAUUCAAAAACCAAACACUGAAGUUGAUCAAGAGGAACCUCAGGAUAUAGAUCAAGAGUUGGGUGGUGAUUCUCCUGAAAAGACUAAAGCAAAAUCAGAAUUGCAAGCUUUAGAAGUUGCCAUUGAAAUCACUACUUCUAUUUGGGAGUAUCUCUCAAUCAAUGAAAGUGAUAUCAAAGAACCCGUUCAAUUAUCAGAAGAUUUGAACAAUACCAUCAUCAAAGUAGCAUCCCCAUCUUUAAUUGAAUUGAUCAGAUUAGAUCAACAAAAUAAUGGUUAUUUAGAAUUAUCUGACAAAGUAUUGAAAUCUCUAAAUAAUAUUUGUUGGUUAUUUUUAUCAAGUGCUACUAUUCCAGUUCAAUGGUUUGAAGAUUCAUUACAAUUAUGGGAUAUGAUCAUUCAAUUGUCAAAUAAAGAUAAUUUAUAUUUACAAAAAGAUUGUUUAAGCGUAUUAUGGGCAAUUGCUAAAACUAUUGGUCCCGAAGCACCUAAACGUGUUAAUUCGGAUAUGAUCAAUACUUUAAUCAAUAAAUGUAACGUUCUUGUUCAACAAUCUAAUGACUCUGAAGACGUUCAACUCAAUUUUGAAUAUGUUUUAGUCACAAUUGGAUUUUUAGGUACUAUUGCUCCUGUUAUAGGUAAUACUCAAAUCACCAAAGAAAUAUCAGAGUUUUUAAUUCAAUCCACAAGGUACUUUGCUCCAAAAGAAAAUAAUAAAAAUAUUCCUCAAGGUAUAGAAAUUGCAAUUGAGAGUUUGAACUUAAUCUACGAUAUCUUUGGUGAUAAAUUUGAAUACGAUGACGAAAUUUUCGUUCAAGGUAAUUAUGUCAAUAUUUUAACUGAGUUGGAACAACCUAUUAAAACCAUGUACAAAAAUAUUGACAAAUUUAAAGAACCCGAACUUAAAAUCAGAGCUGAAGAAGUUUGGACAAAUUUGGGUAGAUUCAUUCAAUAUAAAAUCUCUGAAGCUGAUAAUUGA